UGCUGAGCUGUCAAUAAUUUAACCUCUACAUGAUUUUGACGUUUGUUAUCUACAUAGACAAAUCUACAAAAACAUUACUGAUGUGUUAAUGUGUAGUUAUGACGUGUAAUGCCAACAAGAUAAUUUUCACAUUUCACUGAGUUAAAUUUUUCCGGCCGGCGGUGCUUUUAGAUUUGUUUUCAGUUGAACAGAAAGAUGAGGGCCUUAAUUUUAGUUGGGGGCUACGGCACGAGACUGAGGCCUUUAACGUUGAGCAGACCGAAGCCUCUGGUCGAAUUCGCAAACAAACCAAUUCUGCUACACCAAAUAGAAGCCUUAGUGGAAGCCGGAGUGACUGAAGUUAUUCUGGCUGUGUCCUAUCGUGCUGAGCAAAUGGAGAAAGAACUGACUGUUGAAGCCACCAAAUUAGGUAUAACUUUAGUAUUUUCACAUGAGACUGAGCCAUUGGGUACUGCUGGACCAAUUGCCUUAGCUAGGGACAUUCUAGAGAAGAGUUCCAAGCCAUUCUUUGUGCUCAAUUCGGAUAUUAUUUGUGACUUUCCGUUCAAAGAGUUGGCCAAAUUUCACGCCAACCAUGGCAAGGAAGGCACCAUUGUGGUAACCAAAGUAGAAGAACCCUCCAAAUAUGGUGUAGUUGUUUAUGAUGAAAAUAACUGCAUAGAGAGCUUCGUUGAAAAGCCUCAAGAAUUCAUAUCAAACAAAAUCAAUGCUGGUUUGUAUAUACUGAAUCCAAGCAUUUUAAGUAGAAUUAAACUUCAACCUACAUCAAUUGAAAAGGAAGUGUUUCCUGGAAUGGCUGCUGACAGUGAACUGUAUGCAUUUGAAUUGCAAGGUUUCUGGAUGGAUGUGGGACAACCAAAAGACUUCCUCACUGGCAUGUGCCUAUAUUUAAAGCAUUUGCGUUCAAAAGAUUCCCAAGAAUUGUACAAAGGACCUGGUGUUGUUGGAAAUGUGCUGGUGGAUCCCACAGCUAAAAUCGGGAAUAAUUGCCAGAUAGGCCCCAAUGUCACCAUUGGACCUGGGGUUGUCAUAGAAGAUGGUGUUUGUAUUAAACGGUGUACCAUAUUGAGGGACGCAACUAUCCGUUCAAAUUCCUGGUUGGAAAGUUGUAUUGUUGGCUGGAGGUGUUCUGUCGGUCGAUGGGUGAGGAUGGAAGGAAUCACCGUUUUGGGAGAAGAUGUCAUUGUGAAAGAUGAGACUUACAUAAAUGGAGGACAAGUCUUGCCACACAAGAACAUUGCCACUUCAGUUCCAGAACCCCAAAUUAUUAUGUAAAAUUAUUUUUCAGAGUUCUAUGUUUUUUAACUGUACUGUUGUUUUAAAUUUUUUAUGUAUUUAAUACAUAUGAACUAACCAUUCCUCUAAUAUUAUUUAAAAAUUAGAUUGUAAUGAAUUUUCUAAAUAUAUUUUGUUUUAGUACA